AUGAAUACAACAACCAAUAUCGCCGUUGGUUGCAGAUCCUUGUUUUUCAACACCUCUUCUUUUGGAUUAUGGGAGAACCCAAAAUCGCCAUAUGCGGUUUUCGGUUACUCACUCCCUCUCCUGGAAAUUCAGAUACUACUCAUAUUCAUUUCCAUCGUCUUGACUCACGGGCUUCUCAGAUGCAUAGGCAUUUCCCAGAUUGUGUCCCAUUUCAUGGCUGGUCUGAUUCUUGGGCCUCAAUUGUUCGAUCUUUUGGAGAAAUCGUCAGAGAAACUAUCGUUUGAUCCGGCGCUGGAUGGAACUGCAGCGUUAAGAGGCUUCGCAGUGUGUGGAAACAUCAUGUUUACGUUCUUAAUGUCAGUUAGGAUUAGCCGUCGAUUGGCGUUCAACAGCGGGCCGCUGCCCAUUGUGAUCGGGAUCUUGACCUUCAUAGUGCCUCUAUUCGGCGGUUUAUGUUUCCGGAACCUCUACACGGACAAUGUUGACCCUCAUUACAUGCCACCGAAGAAAGUCCUCUCUGAGCGCCUUGUGAUUAUCUCAAGUCAAUCCUCAAUUCUCUUGCCAACCGUCACUUACGUCCUAUCUGAGCUCAAGAUCCUUAACUCAGAGCUUGGUCGUCUUGUAUUGUCUGCAUCCAUGAUCAAUGACGUCCUUGGGGUCUUUGUUAGCAUACUUGCUUAUAGUGCGGGAACAUACAAGAAUGUGUCCCCUGAAACAGCUUAUCGUGACAUUAUAGCAGUGACUGUCUUCUGUCUCGUUGUCUUUUUCAUUUUUAGGCCGGCCGUAGAAUGGGUAGUCAAACGCACACCAGAAGGCAAACCUGUGGCGGAUAGGUAUAUACACGCUAUGAUUUUGAGCGCACUUGGCUCUGCUGCUUACUCUGAAUUCUUCAAUAUGAAAUAUCUCUUGGGACCAUUUACGGUCGGCCUCAUCAUACCAGACGGUCCACCUUUAGGUUCAACUUUGGAAACCAAGUAUUAUGAUCUAACGAAGAGCGUGUUAAUACCGAUCUCAAUCGCGUUCAGCACGAUGAGAUGUGACAUAAUGAAGAUCAUAUACGCAUUAGACGACAUCAUGUACAACAUGUUCCUAAUGGCCCUAACGCUCGCUUUGAAACUAGCCGCUGGCAUUUUACCUUGCUUGUACUGCAAGUUACCACUCAAAGAGGCCUUUGCCGUUGCCAUCCUCUUAAGUUGCAAGAGUUUCUCCGAAAUCUUUCUCUACGAAUCCACAUUCGAUGAUUCCUAUAUAUCGCAGGCUACAUACACGUUUUUGGUCGUUUAUGCGCUAUUAAAUUCAGGUUUUGUCCCAGCAGCCUUGGCCAAUUUGUACAAUCCGAAGCGGAAGUAUGUUGGUUACCAAAAAAAGAAUAUCUUGAGUCUCAGGCUAAACUCAGAUCUCCGGAUACUCACUUGCGUGCACAAACCUGAGAACAUAUCUGGAGCCAUUAAAGUCCUCCAAUUAUUGUCCUCACCGAACAAAGAACUUCCCAUCGCGGUCACGGUCCUCCACCUCGUGAAGCUUGUGGGUAAAGUCAUCCCCGUUCUAAUCUCACACAGCAAGAAUUCAAAAAAACUGAUGAAUAACUCAUACAUCCAUACCGCAAACCUUGCCUUUAGUGAGUUGGAUUCGGUGACACUGACCAUGUUCACUGCUCACACUCAUGAGAAUCUGAUGCACGACGAGAUCUGCACGCUCGCGCUGAAUCAGAUCACGUCGAUGAUUAUCGUCCCGUCCGGGAGGAAGUGGACCAUAGAGGGGGCGUUUGAAUCAGACAACGAGGCGAUAAGGCGUCUCAACGUGUCGCUACUUGACCACGCUCCUUGUUCUAUUGGGAUACUCGUGGACCGUGGACAGUUCUCGCGCAGGGGCACGAGAAAGUAUCGUAUCAAUAUUGGUGUGAUUUUCAUUGGAGGCAAAGACGAUCGCGAGGCAGUGUCACUUGUGAAGAGGAUGAAAAUGAACCCAAUGGUCAAUGUAACUGUGACCCGAUUCAUCUUUAAUCAAGAAACAGAGGUUACAAAUUUUGAACACAUUCUUGAUCACGAGGUUUUGGAGGAUCUGAAAUGUACAGAGGCAACUAAUUGUAUCGCAUACACAGAGAGGACUAUGAGGGGUGGUCCUGAAGUGGCCACCACCAUCCGAUUGCUCUCUCAGGAUUAUGAUCUUAUGGUGGUCGGGAGAGAUCACAGCAAGGCAAAACCGGACUUCUCAGGACUCACGGAGUGGAUCGAACUCUCGGAGUUAGGUGUCAUUGGAGAUUUGUUAGCUGCUAGAGAUCUCGAGAAUAGGGUUUCUGUUUUGGUAGUUCAACAACAACAGACCUGA